AUGAUUGAAACCCCCUCCAGCAUUGCAGUCACUUCCCAGGACAUUAAGGUGAUACCGUCUACAGUAAAAAUGGAUUAUAUCAGCCUGAUAUUUUCUGGAACAUCACUGGCUUUAGCAAUCCCCUUACACACCAUUAUAAUUACUGUCAGUGUCCGUACCUGGUAUAAGGUUGGAUUUCAAAGCCCCGCAGAUCUCAUUAUAUUGUCACUAGAUCUAUGUAACUUUAUUGCGCAGAUCUUAGCUCUAUUUGAAUAUGGAGUAUAUUACCUGUCUGAUGGGCAUUACAGUUUAUACAUUUACUAUGGCAUUUUCUCUGGCAUUUCCAUCUGCUGUUCCUGGAUCACUGCCUGGCUAUGCACCUUCUUUUGCAUAAAAAUUGUCAGUUUCCAGCACCGUCUGAUAACGUACAUGAAGAUGAGAUUUUCCAUACUCAUUCCUCAUCUGAUUGUAGGAUCAUUUGUUAUAUGCACAAGUGCAGGGACACUUACUUUUGUCACUUUUGCCAAGUGUGUCCCUUUCACUGACACUGAUAACAACUCAUUGUCUAUUAAUAACCAUCAUUAUUUUUAUAAACAAUCAUAUAACUAUAUUUUAAUGCACGUGGUAGAAGCUUUUAUGUGCUUAGCCACACUUCUGUCUUUGAUGUCACUGGGGCUGACAAUCUCAUCCCUCAGUCUUCACAUCCUGAAGAAUUAUGGAGGGGCAUCAAACAUUCAUUUUUCUCAGCUGAAAGUUCAUAUCAGAGCAGUAAUAGUUAUGAUUCUGCUGUUGACACUAGAAAUAUUUUAUUACCUUGCGUGGCUGUUUUCUGAACCACCAGAUGAUGAAAUUGCAGAAUACUGGGUUUGCAUUACAUUUUAUUACCUUUCCUUCCCCUUAAAGGCGCUCACACUCAUUUUUGGGAACAGAAAGCUGAGCCGUGUAUGUUGGGACUUCAUUUGUACUUAUAGAUCAGAAAGUCCUCAAUCAGAUGAAUGA